ACUUCCCCUAUGCAAAAUAUUAGAGGAGGCAGCGCAGCUCCAAACCGGAUGGGGUUUGUAUUGGCUGACAGCAUUUUCCAGCUCAGGAGGACCAAUGAAAGCAGAGUACAGGCUCGGCGUAUAACAGCGAAGAUUGACGUGGAGGACGCGUCAAAUCAAUUCCAGCAGACUCCGGACUCCCCGGGAUAAGUCCAAUUUGCAUUUAUCGGAUGAAGAUCGCGUCGGCGCCCCUGUAGCCGCUUGCUUCCGAAAAUAUAAAGAAGGGGAGAGCGCUGAAGCCGAACGAGUUGGAAGGAGCCUGCUUUUUCCUUCUUCUUGGAUUCAUUCUUCUCGCUCCCCCUUCGCUCUCUGACUUCGCCCGAAAGCACAGAUCCAUUUGAGGGGACACCUACAUUUCCUGAAAUAUACAGACAAAUGGAGCAAACCUAUGGAGAGGUGAACCAGCUUGGCGGCGUUUUCGUCAAUGGGCGACCCCUGCCCAAUGCCAUCCGGUUAAGAAUAGUGGAACUGGCGCAGCUCGGGAUCAGGCCCUGCGACAUAAGCCGGCAGCUGCGAGUCUCUCAUGGCUGCGUGAGCAAGAUUUUAGCGAGAUACAACGAGACUGGCUCCAUCUUGCCCGGUGCCAUCGGUGGAAGCAAGCCACGGGUCACGACGCCGAACGUGGUUAAAAAUAUCAGGGAAUACAAACAGAACGACCCCGGGAUCUUUGCCUGGGAGAUUCGGGACAGGCUUUUGGCAGACGGCGUUUGUGACAAGUACAACGUCCCGUCUGUUAGUUCGAUCAGCAGGAUUUUACGCAACAAGAUUGGGAACCUCUCUCAGCCUAACCAGUAUGAAAGCAGCAAGCAAGCCUCCGCGCAAGCCGGGCUCCCCUACAACCACAUUUACCCUUAUUCCUACCCCAACACCAUGUCGCCCCCCAGCACCAAAAUGGGAAGCCCUCCCGGAGUACCAGUGACGCCGGGACAUGUGAGCAUAUCCAGGGCUUGGCCUUCUCCGCACACCGUCAGUAACAUCCUGGGAAUACGCGCCUUCAUGGAUCCCACAGCUAUUGCAGGGACGGAGGGAUACCCACCAAAGAUGGAGGAGUGGAGCAGCGUCAACAGAGCAGCUUUUUCUGCGCCCCACACGGUCAACGGGAUCGACAAGUCAGCAAUUGAUGCCGACAUAAAAUACGCACAGCCUUCCUCGACACUGUCCAGUUACGUCUCGGCGUGUGCCUAUUCUACACCUAACCAGUAUGGGGUCUACAGCGGGCCCGCAGGCGGCUAUGUGGCCCCGGGCCACCACCACUGGCAGCCACAGAGCACGGCUUUGUCCCACCCGGGGAGCGGAAUGAGCAUGCACGCAGGAGAGAUCCACUCACCCAUGGCCUUCAAGCACCAAGUCAGAGAAGAAAACCUCCCAGUCCUCUGAGCAAACAGCAACAUGAAGACUUGAACGGGGUUCACGGACUCAGUCUCGCUACCUCAUCAUCAUAACCGGGACUAUUAACGCCUUAAUUACCAGACACAUUUAACUGAACUCAUUUCAGCAGCUCCAACAGUAAGUGUGAACACUUACCCGCUUGUUUGUGGCUGACAGUCAAACACAGGUCUGUUCACUUGCCUUUCAACUAUACAGUAAAGCUUUGUCGUUCUUGGGCCGUUUGAAUGUAAGCUUGCUUGGAUGUAUCGGUGUUUUCUCUCACUGGUCGGUAGUUUUUUGUUGUUUUCGUUGUUCCUCAGCUGUGUCUCAUGGAGAUUUCAGCAUAAAACAUCCCCUCCGUCGUUAUUGUUAUUAUUAUUAUUUUUUAGCGUAAAUAAAGGGUUAUUCAGUAAUUUUCAGUUUCUUAUUUUAACCCUAUUUGUGGCCAUAAUCUCGGUGCAGUGACUUGACGAUGUGAACAAAAGUUAUAAAUUGUCUAAAUGUAAAAAUAUAUGCCAAAGCUUUAAUUAUAUAUUUUUAUAAUUUCAUUGUAAAUAUAAAAAAAUAAAGGCU